GCUCGGAAAGCGCGGAGUGAGAGACCACGGAUUUCUCUAUGGGGGCUGGGCCUCUUCGGUUCUGUCGGACCUUCCUGCUUUGCGUCCCUCCCCCUCCACGCCCGACUUUUACCGACGUGCCGAGGCUACAUUCGUGACGGAGAGAAAGAAACCCGCCCGGAUCGGAAAGGACAGCGCGGGAGCCAAGUAAAUCUCGGCAGGAAAUUCCAACGAGGAGCAAAAAAAAGAGGAGCCCCCGGGGUCAGAGAGCCUCGGGCGGUGCUGCUACUGCUGCCACUAUUUGGGUCAUCCUUUCGCCGAUCCGACCCCACCCCACCCAACUCCGGACGGCCCUGGAGCCUCGGGAUUUUUCCGAGGAAAGCCCUAUGUGUCGUCCCCACGAGACUCCAAGCCCCCCCAAACUGAGCAGGAAGAGUCUAGCAAGGGCCGCUGCUGCGGCUGCCGCCGCCGGAGGGAGGAGCCAGAGGGCGGGGCCGACAGAGAGGGAGCUAGGCAGGAGCUCGAGAAUUGAAGAAAGAGACGCGUGAGCGCUUGCCGCGGAGGAGACAAAGGGAGAGCCCGGUACCGCCCGCGUGGAGGCUGCCGCGUCGGGCAAUGGGCGAGGCGAAAGGUAGCGGGGACGCCUGACACCGCGCUUCCCUGAUAGCGAGUUAAGCGCUCGUAGGCUGUGCCCCCACCCCGGACCGAAGCCUAGGGGAUGGCUCUGCCGAUUGCCAGAGAUGGGGCUCCUACGGGCGAUCCCGGAUCUCAGCGCUGGAAGUGACGAGAAAAAGCAUCUGUCAGCACUGCUGUUGGCUCCCCAAAGCCCUGACCCAGCAAUGGGAAGAAGUUGGGCUGGGUGCUGGUGUUACUGGUCGUGUUUACCCAAGUAUCCAAGAACUCAGGAAUUUGAAGAAGAAAGCAGAGGCCAUGCCCAUGAGCCUUCCCAGCACUCGCCUUUCCUCCGUUGGGCUCCUUUAGGGGCAAGAACUCCCCCCUCUCCGUGAAAGGCCCAAGUCUCUCCCUGCAUCCAGCCAACCACUUCCAGGACGGCUGCGGAGUGCGUGCAGGAGGCUGCAUGAUCAGAAAGGGCUGAGCUGCUGCAGCCCACUGGCCUUUGUUGUUCCAGUUCCAUUGCUUGGACUGAAGUAGGGCCCAGUGGUGGUGCCUGGAUUGUACUGUGGCUAAAAGAGGGGCCCAUGCUGUUCCUGGAAAAGGUGAGACAAUAUGGACAAGGGAAGCAGAGGGGAGGUUUAUGAUCCCAUCAACAUGACUGGGCAGAGUCAAAGGAAGCAGAGACAAGCUCAUCCACAGAACUAAGCCUGGUUCCUGCCUCUUUGCAGAAGACCCGAGACAGGAAGAGACAAAGAGAGCUCCUACCCUCCACCCUGACUUCCCACCCAGCUGGAACUGAGGAAGGUCCUCGGUUUCAAAACCAGUCGGGAGAAACCCCUGGGGCCCUCCGCUAGUCCUCUGGAGUGAAGAUGGUGAUGUCCCACGGCACCUACACCUUCCUCACCUGCUUUGCUGGCUUCUGGCUUAUCUGGGGCCUCAUUGUGUUGCUAUGUUGCUUCUGCAGCUACCUGCGGCGGCGCAUGAAACGGCGGCAGGAGGAGCGGCUGCGGGAGCAGCACCUGCGCACUCUGGAGAUGGAGCCCCUGCACUAUGAGGGUUAUGGGGGCCCUGCCUACGGGGGUUCUGGCUAUGGAGGUGGUUACAUCAGGAGCCCACCGGGCAUUGCUGUGCCGCACCGGCUCCGCAUUGAGGCCCAUCGCCCUCACCUCCCACCCCCAAGGCCGUGGAGCUGCAGGCAUGAGCCAGAUCCAUCCAAGCCCCCAUGCUAUGAAGAAGCAGUGCUGAUGGCUGAGCCUCCCCCACCUUACAGUGAAGUACUGACGGACACACGUGGCUUGUACCGCAAGAUUAACACCCCCUUCCUGAGCCAUGAGCAGCCAGAGAAGCAGGAACAGCCGCCAAGCUAUAAGCCCCUCUUCCUGGACCGGGGCUACGGCUCAGCCCUUCACCUGCCAAGCUCAGCCAGCCGGGGGCCCCCCACUUGCACCAAUCUCUACUUGGAGUCUGAGCACUCGCAACGCAUCUUUCCAAGCUGGACAGACUCAGAACUCAGCACCAGUGACAGCUAUGAGCCUGGGCCCUGGCAUCUGCCUGUCUCAAUGCCUUUGUUUGGCAGGACUACGGCAGUUUAGCCGUGCCAUGCCACAGCGCAUGUGGGAUGGUGGCUGUUGCACAGAAGUUGGAUCCUGGCAGCCUGUUCUCUUGGCCUGUGGGAGCCACCAAGUCCCUUAGUCCGAGCCUUCCAGCCAUGGCCAUGGGCCUUCACAGUGCAAAGUUCCCAGUUGCUAUUGACCUCCUGGCCAGGGUGAGAUUGGGGCUGGUCUCCCCAUCUCACCCAUUUCCCUUUUCCUGGGCCCGCUGUAGGCUCUGUUGGUGCUGACUGCAAGGGGGCCUUUGGCUUGGCCUAAACUUUGUUUCCUAUUUUUUGUUUGUUACAUUUUGACAAUAAUAAAGUUUGUGGAACCUGAUUUAUUACAAA